UGUCUCUCUAUCACUCUUGUGUACUCGAGCAGGCCAGGGACAGUCUCAUUUCGAACAUAGAUAAGGGUUGAGUUUGUUUUUUUUAAUUCUUAUUUACUGACAAUUAGGUUUGACAUACUAUAAUUAAUCUUUAUAAUUACAUUAUCAAUAUGUAUAACAUACGGCUGUCGAAAUUAUUUAAUGUAAAUGAAAAUAUAGGAAUGCAUUAUCUUGCUCUUUUUAGGAGCUCUACCGACCAGAUAAGGAUAGCGAUAGCAUAGCAGCUAAAGAGGCUAACUAAAGAGUCAUGAGAAAAUGGCAUCGACUUGCAGUAUCCACCUCUUUCAUCAUUAAGGUUAAUGAAAGAGAGGCCUAUACGUAAAUUCCUUGUAAUUUCACGACUUAGUCGGCGUUUUCUUUCAAUCCAAACUGUGUUGAAGAUUUUAUGGGCUGUGGUAAAUGCAUGGUUAAUUCGAGUUGAGAGUAGGUAAAGUGAGGAAGGAGGACAAUAAUAUCGAGGAAAAUAUUAUAGGUAGUCGAAGUCGAGUUAUAUUAUUUUGGGCUUUCACUUAAAUGAUAUUGUAUAAAAAAUUAUAUGCACUUGGCUACUAAACGACGAAAACUGCUAUGGAAGUGUCUAACGAAAUAAAGGAAGAUAUUCGCAAAACUCAGUCUGACUUGAAAAAUGCGAUACGCGUACAUCAGGUUUGGGUCACGCGUCUUCGGGAAGAUGAAAAUAAUUUACAUCUGAAAUCAAAAGUCAAAGAAGCAGAAAAUGAAAUUAUUGCUAUUGGUCAAGCUCAAAAACUAGUGGUAGACAGAUUAAGGAGAGAGUUGGAACUAUAUCAGCAGCGUUUAAAAGCUCGUAACCGGCAGACAAAUAUUGAAAAUGAUAAUUGCUAUGUAGCCCAGCAACUAAGGGACCACCAGCUUCAGUAUCGCAGCAGAAAUAGGACUGCGUCGUUACUCAAAUCUUCAGUACUUAACGAGAUUCAUAUUAAGUCAGAAAACUAUAAUGAUGUGAAAGAAAACAUAUCAGAUUCUGAGACUGAAAUCAAAUCCACAAACGAGAAAGGAAACUCAAAUCAUAGUGAUGCAGAAGAGAAAGAGAAAUAUUUGAGAAAUUUUCAGCAGAUACCUAAAGUGCAUGACAGUAGGAAUAACUUUGCUAAUGCACUAAAUAAAGUCAAGGAGGCAUUUAUCAGCGGCAGCACCGAGCCCUCGGCCCGCAGCUGGCAGGAGGCGCCGCGGCCGGGGCGGGGCCCGAGUCCGGGCUCGGCGUCCCCGCCGCCGCGGCCGGGCUCGGGCUCGGGCUCGGGCUCGGGCUCGGCGUCCCCGUCGCCGCCGCCGCCGCCGCUGCCCCGCGCCGGCGAGCCCGUGUCGCAGGAGCUGUUCUUGAGACUAAUUGGUCUGGUGACUCCAGCCCAGAAGGAGAUUCUUGAGAAGAAGAGAAGCGAGCGCCGGAAAAGGUCUACAACGAGCACCAACAGAAAUGACUUCUUAUACGGAAACUACGAAAUGUUGUCUAAACGCAAGAAAUACAAUCAAUUCCCAUAUUUGCAAUCGCACAACGACCCGCCUCAAACACGUUCCGCAAAAUUACGAAAACAGCAGUUCCAGACUCAAAGCAAAGAGUCCCGGGAAGGAUCACCGUCGGGUUCCUCGGCUGAAACGAAAGAGGGCGGCGAGGGCGACGGCGGCGGCGCGGCGAGCGCCAAGGUGUGCCACGCCUGCGGCAGGAACGACGUGCCGUCGCUGCUGGUGUGGUGCGACGCGUGCGGUGUGUGGCGGCACACGGGCUGCGGCGCGGCCGGGCGCUGCGCGUGCGGCGCCGCGCUGCCCGACCCCGCCCCCGCCGCCGCCCCGCGCCACCUGCUGUACCGAGAUAAACUGGCAGAGCGCAAGCGGCUGCAGGAGAAGAACAUCGAGCUGUGCGUGGAGCUGCGCAAGCUGGAGGCGCGCGCGGCGGCGCUGCGCGCGCGGCUGGGCGGGCGCCACGCCGCGCGCCGCCGCCUGCUGGCCGCGCAGCUGCGCACGCAGCGCCAGCUGCAGCGCCUGCUCGACUUCAUCGCGCGCUUCAAGGAGCCCUCCGCGCCCGCCCACGAGGGCGACUCCGGCGGCGAGCUCGGCAGGACCAACGACGAACGAACCGAUUAAACUUGUGUACACAUCAAAGGUGCGCUGGUUGCCGUUCCUCGUAAUCGUAAAGGAGUUCCGCAGUAGCCAAUAUUGUUACUAGAUGUUAAUUUAACUUGUAAGUAUACUUCCAUUUUUAAUAAUGAAAUUUACCUUAAUCGGAGGUACCGUAUUAAAUUUUAUACGUACGUUAAUGUUUAGGGCCCAAUCUUUAUAAUUAUAACAAGUGAUAUAAGGAACUCUAGAUGAAUAUAUAUUAUAAAUCAUCUGUAUGGCAUUAAUUUCAGUAUCAUAAUCUUUAGAACAGAUCGGCUGAAUUACGCGCGCGAACAAUACGGGCCGUUCAAAUAUACCUGCGUCAAUGAUACAAAAAUAAACAUGGGAACAUUCCCAUGAAAUUCACAUAAGUGGCCCUAUAACGGCAUGUCGUCAGGGGACUAACAAAACUCACUAAUUCCUACUCAAGUUCAAGCCGUAGUGAACCGUACUAGUAAUGAAGGCAGGUUGAUUUUGUUAUUUUUAUUUUUGAAAUAAAUGAGUUUUGGUUGUCACCUGACGAUAUAUGUAUUAUAUCUAUUACAUAUUUCUGUUCUAUAUCUUGUUUGUUCUAUUAUACACCUUGUUUUUAUUGAAUUCCGUUAACUCCGUGGUAUGGGUAAGUACGUUUAAGGAAAAUACGAGUAAAAUAUAUUUUUAUUUUUAUAAAAAACAAUUAAGUGAUGCAUGUAGCAUUGUUCUAACACGAGCAUUACAUUUGAUUCAACCAAACAAUUGAAGUCAUUAGAACAUCGAUCGUCCGAGAUAGGGAGCGUGCAUGAACUGUAGGAGGCAGCACAGGAGCCGUCAGAUUUUUGGCGCGAGGCGUAAAUGUGAUGUUUAUUGUUCCGAUGUAGCCCACAAGAUGGCAGAACCUACUAUACACAAGAAAACACGUGACGUGUAAAUUUACAUGUUUAUUGUUCCGAUUCAGGCCACAAGAUGGCAGGCCCUCCAACGCGCACGGUCCCUAUAGUACUUACGUUUAGGAGCAAAUGUGUAAACUCGUACUAAACACUAAUCAAUAUGUAAACACCCACCUACAUACCUACAUAGUACAUGCUCGUAAGGGCCUUAUAAGAAAAAAAAAAUUAUCUUCGAAAUGGAGUUAAUUAUAAUACAAUUUAAGCAACGGUGUAUGUACUAAAAACAAAUUGCUUAUCGAAUAUUUGGGCUAGUUGCAAACACGUCCAAGUUUAAUUAGGUACGUGAACUGAGUAAGCUCCUAUUUUUACAACACAACCUUCAGGUGACUACGCACGUAAUUCAGUUUGUUUUGUUCUACACACGAAGUACGAACAGUGUCUGAUGUGAAAAAUAAUUCACAAGGUAUUUUAUUAUAAGUAUGUAUUAAUGAUCAGUUAGCAUAAAAUGUUAUUUUGUUAUACAUCGUCCUCAUAUGUAAAUCAAUUGAUUAGCCAAACUAAACGUGUUCAGUAUCUAAUGAUUCCUAAUUUAGCAUAGAUAUUACUAAUUGUCGUGUCAGUAAAUAUUGUCUAGUAGUGAUGAUUGUUUUACUGCUUAGUUAAAAACUAAAUGAAUUAAUUAUUUUCUGUGAUAUUAAUAAGUUUUCCUUGAUUUUGUUCCGUAGUACUCUAGAUGAAAUAACCGGGGUUGUGUGUAAAUAAAUGUCCAAAACUUGG